AUGGCUCGGAAGCGAGAAGGCGUGCGUCUUCUGUCCUGGAUCGGCGCUGACGCAUACUGGUUAUAUGGAAGGUUGUCGAUGUGGGUCUGUCUGAUGCUGUCUGUUGCAUUGAUCUUCAUUCGACAAGUGUUGCGACGAGUUCGAGGGCAGUCUGUGACGCGCGGCGACUACUGGUGUUUAUCGGCAGCGAUAUUCAUCCUGGGGAGAUUGUUGGCUAAUCACUUCCUCCUGCUCUAUGGAUCAACAAGAGUAAUAUCGCUAGAGGACAGGAGCCUGUUACUUCAAGAUGCGUACUCGAAAAAGGCAUCCAAGAUCAUUACGGGCAGUAAACUGGUGCUGGUCACUCGGUCGCUUUUGAUGUGUGUCCUUUGGUCUCUGAAGAUGGCAGUUCUCGAUCUACUUGGACGACUUAUCAUGAAGAUGCCGUACGAGCGCAAAAUUCUCUACGUCUUCUGGACUGUUCUGGGUGUCACCUUUGUUGUUUCCAUCACGACCGUGUUCGUAGAAUGUCACCCAUUUCAGCGACACUGGCAGAUAUUCCCAGACCCAGGAGAAUGUGUUGUGGGCAACAUCUGGCUCUUCACCUACGAAAUCUGCAACAUCAUCACCGAUGUCAUACUGAUGGCAGUACCGUGCUCCCUCAUUCUGUUCGUUAAAAUCCCCGCGAUGCAACGCCUUCGAAUUCUCUUCCUAUUCAGUAUCGGACUCUUUCUCAUCGCCAUCAGCAUCCUGCGGAUAAUUCAGGGCAAGAAUUCACGUGCGCAGCGCGCGCAUACUCUAUGGGCUUCGUUAGAGAUACUGUUUGCAGUCAUCGUUGCUGUGACUCCUACCAUUUACGCACUCGCCCAAAAUCGCAACGAGAACGACACGUACACAAAGAGCCAUAUGAAUACGAAGAACACUGUCAGAACUUACGCAGUUGGAGAGGACGGAAGCGAAGGAUAUGCUACGCGAGUAUGGACGGAAUUGAACGAUACUGCGAGUAGAACGGAUAAUACGAGUAUAGAAGGAAUUCUUGUGGAAACACGAUACGAGACAUUGGGAACGAAGAUAUGA